AUGAGUAUCGCGCGACCAUUCCGAGCGACCGAUCUCUUCAAGUUCAACAACGUCAAUUUGGACAUAUGGACAGAGACGUACGGAAUUAGCUUCUACCUGGGCUACUUGUCGCGGUGGCCCGACCUAUGUUGCAUCGAGGAGUCUCCGAGUGGUCGCAUGAUGGGUUACGUCAUUGGUAAGGCUGAGGGCACUGGAGCGGAUUGGCACGGACACAUCACUGCCCUUUCCGUCGCUCCCGAGUACCGCCGUCUCUCGCUCGCUCGCAAAAUGAUUGACCUACUCGAGCGUAUCUCGGACGAGAACUACCGGGCAUACUUCGUCGACCUCUACGUGCGCUGUGCGAACAAUAUCGCCAUCUCCAUGUAUGAGGGCUUCGGUUACAGCGUGUAUAGGCGAAUAAGGGAGUACUAUGGGAACCUCGGGUUAGGACGGAACGCGAAGGACGAGGAGGACGCGUUCGAUAUGAGGAAACCACUCUCACGAGACCCGAUGCGGCGUUCCGUCCGAAGUAACGGCCGAGAAAUUGUCGUGAGCGCACAUGAUGCAACGUAG